AGUGUUAUAAAAUAACUAGCAAAUUGAGUGAAGUGUGCACAUCUGUUUAACUCCAGGAAUAUAUUUUUUGGUACAAUAAAACUCAGGUUCCUUGGACCACACUAAUCAUCGAGGAUGGGCGUGAAACAAUGGUUUCGAAAAUUUCAGCCCAUUCAGCUUUACGUCAUCCUAGCAUUGACCAUAACAUUCUUCUUGACCGAGCUGAUUGUCAGUCACCUCACCCAUGCUUUGACAUUGCUAAUGGACUCUUACCACAUGCUGUGUAACAUCAUAGCAUUGAGCGGGUGUAUUGUGACAAUCAAGUAUAGUGAAGAAUCUGCAGAUUGCGACUUGAAAAAUACUCAGAGCAUCGAAAGUAAUCUGGACGAAAAAGUAUCUAAAAGUCGGUCGAAUCAAUGCCAAGACAAAAAGAACUCCCCGAAGGUCGGAAGGAAUGAAGAAAGAAAAUUGAAAAAUACGUUUGGUUGGGCGAGAAUCGACGUCAUUAUUAUGUUGAUCUGUUGCGUUUUCAUGGCGUCCCUAAGUUUCUCGAUUUUCGUGGAAGCCCUGCAAACGCUAAUUCAUAUUGGUCAUCAGGACGAGAUGCAUCGUCCCAUUACAGUUUUAUGUACAGGUGCAGCUGGUUUGCUACUGAAUGGUAUAUGCUAUCUCCUGAUUGGCGGAUACACUUUUCACCAGGGCAGUUUUUUGUACGUCACCGAAAGCGGAGAUGUAGUUCUGAGCAAAGUGGUGGUGGAUCAGACAGUGCAACGUGGGGCUAGAAGGUUAUCAAGAAGCAAGACGAUACAUCCGACUGCUUUGCCACCAAAGCAACGACAAGGGAUUUGGGAGAUGACGAGAGAUGUUCAUGGUUGCAUCCUGGUGAUAAUUUGUGCUCUAUUGAUAUUCUUCACGGACAAAAAUGUUGCCAAAUAUAUUGACCCCAUCAUAUCGCUGAUAUCUGCAGCUUCAAUCAUGGUUUUGAGUUAUCCCUAUAUGAGAGAGAGCGGACUCAUUCUACUUCAAACCAUUCCUGAUACGAUUGACAUCAACAUUUUGAAAGCAGAAUUGUUGAACCAGUUUCCAGAUAUUGUAAAUAUUCAUGAUUUCCACAUUUGGCAGCUGUCUGCUAACAAAAUAGUUUCGACGGUACACAUCAUUUUCCAAAAUCCAAAGGUGUACAGUAACGUCAUGGAAGAAGUUAAAGAGUUUUUCAAAGAAAGCGGGAUCACACACACCACCAUCCAGCCAGAGUUCUUCAAGAAAGAUGCUAGUAUGGAUAGUUUGAGGUCCAAUAAAUACGCUCCGAAUUGUCUGAUGACUUGUCUUGAAGAUGACUGCAAGCAGAAUCAUUGCUGUCCUGAAUAUGAGGAAAAAGGCCUGUUCAAAACACAAUCUCAUGAAUUGUUUUCCUUACCCGAGAAAGCGGCACCUACUCUGAAAUCUGUGAAAAUAUUGGAAGUGGAACUUUCUUCUCAAGUAAACAGUAACAGUAACAGCAGUAUCAAUAGUAUCCGAAGUGACAAUGCAAAGGAAAAUGAAAGUUCAUCUAGAUCAGAAGUCCGACAAGGAGAGUCCUAUAAAUCUGAAGUUAAUGUAGACGUGAUAGACAAAGCUGGUAGUGGGUGUAGUAACAGAAAAGUAGGUGGGGAAAAUAUUGAACAAGAGGAACGACUACAAAAUAUAGUCGAUAUUAUAACUAACGACGCUGGUGAUAAUGUUGAAACCAAAGAAUAGUGGACGAAUGAGAUUUGUUUAAUUGUUAGUGUUUCUUAUACAUAUAAACAUAUAUGACGAAGGCUGUGCUUAAUUAUAAGAUUUGUGAAAGAGGUCUAAUAAUAAAUUAUGA